AUGGCUGUAGGUGAGGAACAAAUGAGACUAAGUACUAAUAGUAAUGUAGUUCAAGACAUUGACAAUGUAAUAAGGACAUCUGAUAAAUCUUCGUUAUAUAAUGAUAGUAGUGUAACUCCAGAAGUAUGCGGAGAUUACGCAGAGAUAGGGGAAGACAUACACAGUGUUAAUAAUAAAGAAGAUACCGAUAUAGAUAAGGUUGAUAAUAGUCCCACAUUAAGUGAAGGAGGUUUUGAAAUAGAUAAGCAAGAGAGUUAUGUAGAAUUGCAGGGUUCUAUAUACAGUCACUGUAAUUUCCCUUGCGCUCACCCUGCUCCAAACAUGGAAAUAAAGCUAUUUGUAGGGAGAAUACCUCGAAAUAUAGAGGAAGAUGAAUUAAAGAAAUUAUUUGAAUUAUAUGGCAAUGUAGUAAAUAUAUCUAUUGUACGAGAAAAAAACACUGGGAUACAUCGAGGUGCAGCUCUAGUUACGAUGGAAUCAAUUGCACAAGCAGAUUACGCAAUUCGUGAACUAAAUCUUAUAAAAGUUUUAGACAAUCUUAGAGGUCCUCUAAAAGUUCAAUAUUCUACUGGAGAAGCAGAAAGAUUUGGUUUUGAGGCAGAAUCAUGUAUUCCUGGAGUUGACCAAGUUAAAUUAUUUGUCGGAGCUCUACCCAAAAAUAUCACUGAAGAGGAGAUUAGUGAUGUAUUUUCUCCAUAUGGCCAAAUUAAUGAAAUAUUCAUUAUGCGUGAAAUACACACUGGUUUUUGUAGAGGUUGUGCUUUUGUGAAGUAUGCCUUCAAGGAACAAGGGUUAUAUGCUAUUGCAAGUCUUCAUGGAGCUGCUACUUUGGGAGAUGUUAAUCGACCACUUGAAGUUCGUUUUGCCUCUAGAUCAAGUAAUGCAAAUAAUCUAUUUCUAACUCAUGGUCUACAUCAUUCAGCUAUGGCCCACAAUCCACCUUCAGGAUCAGCUUAUCAUAUUUUUAAUAAUAGGAAACCUUGUCAUAUUGUUAAUGAUGCUUCCUAUUUAAGUGCGAAUCCUACGGUAGUUGGCAAUAUUUUAAGUCACAGGGGUUCUUGUAGUAGAAAUAUUACUUUAUUUGAUCAUAAUGGAAUAUCUGUUGCAGCUACAACAAACAUGUACCCUCGUUCAAGAGGUCAUCCUUUAUCUGGUUCUCCAUCUAAUUCUACUGCAGCUGCAGCAAUCACAGCUAAUCUCAUGCCUAGAUGUAUUGGUAUGUGGAAGGAAUACUUCACUUCAGAUGGAAAACCAUACUACCACAAUGAAAUAUCUCGGGUAACUCAGUGGGAAGUUCCUCCUGAGUUCAUGAAUUUCAGACCGGUAUUUAGUCGUCAAGUUGUAGGACCUCCAGGUGCCAAUAUAUUUAUUUUCAAUGUACCUUAUGAAUGGGAAAAGAAAAGUCUUAUUCAUCACUUUUGUAGAUUUGGUCAUAUAUUGUCAGCUCAUCUAAUGAUUGAUAAAAAUAGUGGAAGAAAUAAAGGUGUUGCCUUUGUUUCUUAUGAUCAUGUUCAUUCUGCAGCAGAUGCUGUCAACAACAUGAAUGGUUUUGUUACUGAAAGUGGUAGGAAGCUUAAGGUCUCUAUUAAACAAGGGCAGGAACAAUUUGUCCAACAUCUGAUUAGUAGCAAGUCAUAUUGA